AGAUCGAAGAGCUCGACCUCACCGCCGCUGACCACGUGCUACCCGUUAAUGUACCGAACUUUGGCGAUGGCUGGGAAGAGCUGGGUGAGGAAUCAGAGGUGUCUGAUGUGUUCGAACUAUCUUCUAUGAAGAGUCUAGAAGAGGCUGUGGAGAGCAUUAUUGGGUUCUUGGGCAUGUACCCUUGUGAUCGCACAGACAAG